CUGCGCAUCAAACGCUGUUUCAAAAGACGUCAAAAUUUUAUUGUAGCGUUCCUAUGUUUAUUUCUGAAUUUUAAAAAAACUGAUUUAUUUCAAUCGUAGCAAACAUGGAUUUUAAUUCCAGUAUAAGAAAUGAAAGUAACCUAGAUUAUUCUAACAACUCAAGUCUGGAUUUCAGCAGCGAUCAAAAACGCAGAAGUUCAUCCCGAUCGAUCAAACGAAAACGUUUUGAUGAUGAAAUUGUAGAAUACAGUUUAGGAUUACAGCAACCACAACUUAAAGGAAUCGGUCGUCCUCGAACAAUAUCACAGACGCUUCCUUUCGGAGCUCCAAAUACCGUACCUUCUGUUACUACCCAAACCAUUCCUCCAGUAUCUGUAUCUCCUACGAUAGUAGAGCAUACACUAUCAGCACCGAUUCCUCAAACCCCAUUAACAACCGUAGUCACUCCACCGUUGAUGCCGCUCUCACAGCCAGCAGCGCCAAAUCCGGCUACAAGCUUACUUCAACAACUAAAUUCCAAUGCUUCAGUUAAUGAAAAGAAGAAGAUUUUGAAAAAUAGUAGAAAAAGCAAAAAGAAAGGCGGUAGCCAGACUCUUGCAACUAAGGACUUAGGACGAUGGAAGCCCGUUGACGAUUUGGCAUUGAUAACUGGCAUUUUACAAACCAAUGAUUUACGUAUGGUACACCGCGGUACAAAAUUUUCCUGCAAGUUUACUAUUCAGGAGAUGCAAGCAAGAUGGUAUUCACUUUUAUACGAGGAGCCUAUUUCGAGAAUUGCAGUAGCAGCGAUGAGGAACUUGCACCCGGAAAUUGUGGAAGCCGCUCAAAGUAAAGCACUCUAUACUGUGGUCGAAGAGGAGUUACUCGGCACUAUUAAGUCAAACGAUAAUCCAACUUUAGAAACAUUUCAAGAGUUGUUGGACAAAAAUGCUACCGUCUUCUAUCAAGCACGAACAGCCAAAGCUCUUUUCGCUCAUUGGCAGCUAAUGAAACAGUACUCACUGCUACCCGAUCAAUCAGUACAAUCUCUUCCAAAAAGUGAUAAUAUACUUUCAUUUUCCGAUGCCGAAGAUUUGAUCAAUGAUGCAGAUUUAACAGAACAACGAGACGACAGUUUGGAAAUUGAACUGGCACUGGCUGAUCGCAAAAGUAAGAAAGAAGUCCGUAGUUUGGAGAAUGAGCUCUCUCGCUGGAAUGUGCUUGUUGAUUCUCUGACUGGUAUAGGAUUCUCUCCUGAUUUUGAUAAUCAAACCUUGGCAGUACUCCGUGGAAGAUUGGUCCGGUUCUUGAUGCGUUCUCGUGAAAUCAUUUUUGGUCGGUCUACGAAAGAUGCUGUUGUUGAUGUUGAUUUCUCGCUGGAGGGUCCAGCAUGUAAGGUUUCUCGAAAGCAAGGAACCAUAAAGCUUCGCAGUAACGGAGACUUUUUCAUUACCAAUGAAGGUAAAAGGCCACUCUACAUAGAUGGGAAUCCACUCAUGUACGGAAAUAAAACCAGAUUAAACAAUAAUUGCGUUAUAGAGAUAUCUAACUUGCGAUUUAUCUUCUUGAUCAACUAUGAUCUGAUUAAUGCUAUUCGUCAUGAGAGUGCCAAAAUGAACAUACCUUUAAAUUAAUGUAGAUACUGAAAGUAGAUACAUAUUGGUUUUGCUUAAAAACUAUUAGUUUAUGAAUAAACUAUUGCAUCAA